CCGCCCCGCCCCGCGGUAUAAAAGGCGUCGCCGCAGUCAGGCCCUAGCUGCAGCUGCUGCCGCCGGGUCUCGGUCAGCGCGGAGGGACGUAGAGCCGGGCGCCGUCUCGCGAUGCCUUCAAUUAAACUACAGAGUUCAGAUGGAGAAAUUUUUGAAGUUGACGUUGAAAUUGCAAAGCAAUCUGUAACUAUCAAGACUAUGUUGGAAGAUCUGGGAAUGGAUGAUGAAGGAGAUGAUGACCCAGUUCCUCUUCCAAAUGUUAAUGCAGCUAUAUUAAAAAAGGUGAUCCAAUGGUGCACCCACCACAAGGAUGAUCCACCUCCCCCUGAGGACGAUGAGAACAAGGAAAAACGAACAGAUGACAUCCCUGUGUGGGACCAAGAAUUCCUGAAAGUAGACCAAGGAACACUUUUUGAACUUAUCCUGGCUGCAAAUUACUUAGACAUUAAAGGUUUGCUUGAUGUCACAUGCAAGACUGUUGCAAAUAUGAUUAAGGGGAAAACUCCAGAAGAAAUUCGCAAGACCUUCAAUAUCAAGAAUGACUUCACUGAAGAGGAAGAAGCACAGGUACGCAAAGAAAACCAGUGGUGUGAAGAGAAGUGAAGUUUUGUGCCUGACACUCUAACACUGUAAGGAUCGUUCCAAAUACUAGUUGCACUGCUCUGUUUAUAAUUGUUAAUAUUAGACAAAUGCAGCAGCAAAUGAAGUUGUAUUAGCAGGAUAUUGUUCCCUUUGCAUGUGUAGUGUGGUGGAUUUUUUUUUUUUUUUUUUUUUUUUUUGGGAGUACAGAUUUAAAUCCUAUGGUUGAGUUUUUACCAGUGUAAUCAGAUGUCUUUUUACUUUACCCUGCAAAGAAUAAAACUGAACUAAGCGUGGAUUCUGUAUGGAAAUAGCACUUCAGGCCAUCCUGUUCAUUACUGUUAACUGUCCAUGUCCAGUUACAAUGUUCUCUUGAGAUGUCAGAAUUUAGAUAAGCAUUUAAACUCCACUGUAAAUAAAACCACUUGCAAAUGUUUUCUGAAAUAGAAUUAACAAAGCAUAUUUUUAUUCAAAGAACAAAGGGUUUCUUGGGGAACCAGGCUGAGUGAAGAGUUGUUGAGUUUCCUCCAAACUUCUAAAUAUGAAGGAUAAUUCCCCUUGGAGUAAGUUAGUACUUGACACAGUUCUUAGUUGGUCACAGGCAAAUCCUUAGAAAUUACAAAAUCUCUUCAGUGGCUAGUACUUUCUAACCCUGUUUCAGUUUUGCCUGCAAAAGACCAGCCCUAGCACAAAUGUGGGUUUGGCAAAACCUGGGUCAGCUAGUUACAGUUAACCUGGAACUCUUUAGCCAUGUAUCUUAAGCCCUGCCUGUAGCUGGUACAAAACAAAAUCUGAACUGCUGUAGGCACAGGAGAGUUAGGAAUUUUAAUAGGAAAAGCUAAUUCCCAGUUUGACCAAAAAAGACUGACUUUACCAAAGUUAAACUUACUGAUCCAGCAUGUCAUUAGUAGCUGGCUUUAGGCAAUUCUAAACCCGCUUGUGAUGUAGCUUUAUUAAACAUGGCUUCAUGUGUCUGCAAGAAAUAUUUCACCUAUGUACUGUACACGAAAUCACAGCUUGUAGAUUCUUCAUUAUUGCAUACAAAACAAAGCUAAUGCUGUAUCUAGUGUGACUUCUUUUGGACAAAGCCACUUGCAACUAGUUAAACAGUAACUGGUUUUCUGACUUUUAUGGUUCCCUUAUAGGGAGUAGGAGAUGGAUGUGUACUAAACAUUUGAGGUGUGAUCUUAGCUUAUUGCAUUCCAUUUUCUGUAUAAACUUUAGACUAGAAUUAACCUUAAUAAAUAUACUUAUCUUCAUUUUAAA